CACUCUGUUUGUAGGUCAAACAUGAUGAGUUGGGGAUGUAAUGAUUUCAGAAAGCCUGAGGAUCUUUAAUACAUUGAUGAAUGUGAUGAAGGAAAACCCAUAUUAUGUAUUGAUAGGGUUUUUAUGAUUAGUAGAAAAUAGAGGUUAGCAGAGAGGACUAUGUGUGCUUUUAGAAGUAGCACAGAACCAACGUCGUGAAUAAUCAUUUAAAAUAUUACAAUUGCCUGCCGUUAGUCUUCCUACUCCAAAUAAAACAUUUGAACAUGAUGAAGUACUGCACAGCAUAUUGUGGUUCUUCGCAGAUUGCAUCAUUUAUGAAUGGUGAAUGGUAAAACAUAACAGUGUGGAACCACAACAGAAACAGACGAAUAUGAUUGGACGGUACAGGCGGAGAGGUCUCCACGCUCCCGCUGAUUCGCUGUGCCUCCGCGUGGGCGGGGCUCACACUGACAGGGUUUGGGUGUUUUACGCUCGGUGGAGUAGUGCAGCGUCCGUCCCGACCAAGAAAGAGCCACUGCCUCAGUCUGCUGUGCUCCGACAGGUCUCUAAUAGUAAAGCUGCUUCACACUGACCUCUGAGGAAUGAGGAGAAAGACCAAAAAACAAAAUACUGUCGCGUGAAUUCGUUCGAGCGACCAGAAUCUGGUUUGAAAUUUGGACCCUCCACAGCUGAAUGGAGCAGCAGCGGGGUCUCUGUAGCGUCACCCCAGGGUGCCAGACUGGGGUCUCCACCGGUCAGCCCACCAUGCGUUUGUCCAUCACCUCGACCGCGGGCAGCCCGGUGGAGCUCACUGUCCCCCGGGGAGAGAGCGUGGAGGGACUGAGGGCGCACAUCUCCCACAAACUCAGGCUGCACACAGACAGGAUCAUCCUCCUGCACAGAGACAAGCGGCUAACUGCGGGGCAGCUGUUGGACCUGGGGGUAACAGAUGGAAGCAAGCUGACCCUGGUCCCUGCCAUAGAGGCUGGUUCAGUGUGCUCUGCUGCCAGAGGUGAGAGAACUAUGAUGGACGUCUUGGAAAGUUUAACAGAAGUCCAGAUCAGCGACUUCCUGUCUGGGCGCUCCCCUCUGACCAUUAACCUGGGAAUCGGUGCCCACAUGAUGUACGUGCAGCUCCAACUGUCUGCACAGAACGUGGAGGAGCUGCAGCACCACCAGGAACUGAGAGCUGGCAGCAGCGGCGACCGUCAGACUGGCCUGCCCACUGCUGCCAGGAUGAGCCAACCCGACUUCUCCAACACAAGCACAGGAUCCACCUCCCAAACCUCUUCCCGAGUCCCGGACUCUUCUGACUCUACAUCCUUGAACAAAUUGAGAGCUGAAAGACCCAGAACUUCUGCCCUUCCUGAUUGGUCGUGUCCUGCUCAAUCUACGCGUGCAUCCUCUCCCGUUCUUUCCACCCCUCCUUUGCCUUCUGGUUGUCCACAACCAGCAGCCACACCAGACCAUUCGCAUGCUCCCACCGGCUCUAUUUCUGCCCCCCGGUGCCCAGCGUCAAUUUCAACCCUCAGAGAGGGUAGUAUUCUUGCCUCAUCCACUGCAGAGCGGAGCAAGCAGCCAGGAGCCGUCAUAGAGAGUUUUGUGAGCCCCUCACCAGGCGCCGUGUCCGGGACUUUUACUGGCACAUUGGCGCCAUGCGGUCAGAGAGGCUUCAGCCAUCCCCGGCGUGGCAUCGGCAUCAUACUCCAGAUCUUCAACGACCUAAUCAGAGCGGCCUACAACCACCAGGGGUCUCAACCUGCCCCUCCUCAUCAUCCUGUUUGUUCUGAUUCAAACCCUCCAGCCGGCCUGCUGCUCCCGGCAGAGGAGGGGACGAGAAAAGCAGAGGGCCAAACCCUGGCAACCCAGAAGGCAAAGCCCCUCGGUCAAACUCAAGGUGAGGAGAGUCACCUGACCUGCUCACCAACGCAGGAAAAUCAAACAUUACACUGUAAGCUAGAGCGCCUGCAGCUUUUGAUGAAUCAGAGGCGUCUUCGUAGGCAAACCAGGAGGUACUUGAAAACGUCUCGGCGGUACCGGCACGAUCAACAUCGUCUCUAGUCUCCUUCAUGGGAGAGAUCCACUCACUGUGAAAGAAGGGGCUGCUUUCUGGUGACUAGAAGGAACCCGCUUAGCAACCAAAGCUCACCUCUGAACUCAUGGAACAGGUGAAAGACAAGCAGAGUAAACUCAAAUGUGUUGGUGCUAUUUCCACGUGAAAGAAUUUCUGAAGAAUGUAAACCGAAAAGUCCCAAAGAGUCUGAUUCCCGUGGCUCUCGCUGUGCUGAGCAUGUUAUUUCAUUUGAGUAUUUUAGUUACAAUGACUCACAUUGUUAUGUAGCAUAUGCCACAAAAUGUUCCAAUGUGCAUUUUCCUGUUACACUGUACGUCUUGGUGUUUUUUCGAUGAACUUUUACUGUUUGUUUGUUUAAGUACUUUAAUGCCUUAAAUGUACAUGUCUUGAAUGUAAACUAUGUAUUUGUCUGUGCUUAGCAUGUCACUAUGACAGGUUACAAUGUUACUAAUAUAUUCACAUGGAGGGCAAAUAAAGAAUAAAGGAAAACAUUAUAAAACCAUGGGAUUUUCCCUUUCCCUUGUUCAGUCCUGUUACACCAGCAUUGUUGCCUUCAUCUGUCUCUUAAUAUAU